UUUGUAUACAUUUUCAGCUCCCCUCUCCGCUCCCCAUUGCCGCAUUGCCCUCCCUCGCCCCUUCUCCCUCGCGGCCUCGCCCACCGCGCCUUCGAGGAGCUUCGAAUCCCGAUCGCCUCGGUCCCCGCGAGCUCACAUGGUGGGGGCGGGCACCAGAGACUAGGGUUCCCAGUUCCCACCAUUUUCCUGCUGAUUGGAACCGCGGGGUUUCGGCGAGCCUGAGGCGGUGGCGGCGGCAGGAAUGAACGGGGAGGUGGAAUGUAGCGUGUGUCAUGCGAAGGUGCAGGUGCCGCCGGCGGUGUCGAAGGCGUACGAUAGCCACCGGAGCACCGUGUCGUCGCGGCAGCGCGCGCUAAACGUGCUCCUCGUCUCCGGCGAUUGCGUCCUCGCCGGCCUCCAGCCUAUAUUAGUGUACAUGUCAAAAGUGGAUGGGAAAUUCAAAUUUAGCCCAAUCAGUGUGAAUUUCUUGACAGAGAUUACAAAAAUUAUCUUUGCCAUUGUCAUGCUAUUCAUCCAGGCUAGACGUCUAAACGUGGGAGACAAGCCACUCCUCACAGUAUCAAUAUUUAUGCAGGCUGCUCGCAAUAAUGUUCUUCUUGCAGUACCUGCUUUUCUAUAUGCUAUCAACAACUAUUUGAAGUUCAUAAUGCAGUUAUAUUUUAAUCCUGCUAGCGUGAAAAUGCUGAGUAAUCUCAAGGUUCUAGUAAUUGCUGUGCUUCUAAAGAUGAUAAUGAGGAGGCGAUUUUCCAUAAUCCAGUGGGAGGCCCUUGCACUUCUGUUAAUUGGAAUAUCUGUUAAUCAGCUCAAAUCGUUGCCAGAAGGUUCUAGUGCACUAGGUCUUCCUGUUGCAGCUGGAGCCUACCUAUAUACACUAUUUUUUGUGACAGUUCCCGCAUUGGCUUCAGUUUACAAUGAGAAGGCUCUUAAAAGCCAGUUUGAUACCAGUAUUUACCUUCAGAACUUGUUUCUGUAUGGUUAUGGUGCAAUAUUUAACUUUCUUGGGCUUGUGAUCACUGCCAUCAUCCAAGGGCCUAGUAGCUUUAACAUUCUGGAAGGACACUCAAAAGCCACAAUGUUUCUUAUCUGCAACAAUGCUGCACAGGGCAUACUGUCGUCAUUUUUCUUCAAGUAUGCAGAUACAAUUUUAAAGAAGUACUCAUCAACAAUUGCAACUAUCUUCACCGGAGUAGCCUCUGCUGUAUUGUUUGGCCACACACUGACGAUAAAUUUUGUUCUUGGAAUUUCAAUAGUAAUCAUAUCUAUGCAUCAGUAUCUUUCUAAUCAAAUUAAGGACGAAGUGCCUAGCAGCAAAGUUGAAAUGGCUGAAGCCCAUGAUCACAGCAGAAAGGAGCCUAGUUAUGUCAAUGUGCCUGAUUCAGUGGCAAGUGAGGCUAAACACCGCCAUGGAUCUGACGAGAGGCAGCCACUUCUUCCUGUAUGAUUUUGUAGAAGAGCAGGCACACUGUUUCCUCAACAGAGCAGCAUGUACCUUAACUGUCUUACAACAUGGAUUCUCCAUGACACGGAGGAAAAGAGAGUAUUUUUAGCGGGUAUUUGACCUAAUUGUCUCUAAAGCCACAUUGCUGCCAUGCGAGUAAAGGAUAUGCAUAUUCGGCGGCAGAGUGACGAGCUUCGUGAAGUAGAUUAAGUAGUACAUUAUAAUAGAGUAAUGGUCUUUGGAUGGAUGAGGCGAUACCUCUAACCAGUGGGUGGUAAAACUAAUGUGAUAAGAUUAGUGAGGAAUAAAGUCACCGCCAUUUUUUUCCCCUUUUGAUAGAGCCACAUCAGCCGUGGUUCUAUGAGUGUCUUUUUUUUUUUUUUUUUUUGCGGCACCAAUGUAAAUAUCAGUUCGUUUCAGAUGGCGCGUGCCGACCAGAGAUUUUCAUUCCUGUAUUUGCGUGUUGCAUGAGAUACUGCGACGUGUUUACUGAUUACUAAGCUUUGCAUGUCUUCCGAAUUACAGCGAAACGACUAAUUGAUACUCUCUC